AUGCCCAUUGAGCCAGAUCAAAUCGCAAAGGCUCCCCGCGCCAAUGCCGCCUUCGUCGUCCUUGCUAGAAAUAAGGAGUUGGAGGGCGUGGUCCAGUCGCUCAAGUCGAUCGAGAGACACUUCAACCGGUGGUGGCACUACCCCUAUGUUUUUCUCAAUGAUGGUGACUUCGAUGACGAAUUCAAGGCAACGGUCAGGAACUACACCAGUGCGGAUGUUGAAUUCGGCAAGAUUGAUAACAGCAUGUGGGGAUUCCCUGAUUGGGUUGACCACGAGGUUGCCAAAGAAGGCAUUAGGAAACAGGGCGAUGCUGCCAUCAUGUACGGUGGGAUGGAAAGCUAUCACCAUAUGUGCCGAUUCUACUCAGGACACUUCUACAAGCACCCUCUCCUGAUGAAGUAUGAGUGGUACUGGCGUUUGGAGCCCGAGAUCAAGUACUUCUGCGACAUCACCUAUGAUCCCUUCCUCAAGAUGGCCGAGGCAAACAAGACAUACGGCUUCACAAUUGCAGUGAAGGAGCUUCGCGAGACUGUCCCUAACAUCUUCCGGUAUGCGGCUGCUUACAAGCGCAAGAACAACCUCAAGUCCAAGGGCCUGUGGGAGAUGUUCCUAGAGCAGCCAGAGCAACCAGAAACUCCGGAGGAGAACAAGCAGGACAAACUGCCAGAUGAAAUUCUUCAAACUGACCCCGGUGACAACAAUCUGAAGGACGUGGACCCAGAGGCCAUGGAAGGCGAAAGCUAUAACAUGUGCCAUUUCUGGAGUAAUUUUGAAAUUGCCCGUCUGGAUUGGUUCCGUAGCAAGGAGUAUGAGGACUUCUUCACCAUGAUGGACAGAAGUGGAGGAUUUUGGAAUGAGCGGUGGGGUGAUGCUCCUAUCCACUCUCUCGCUGCUGGUGCUCUCCUCGCACCCAGUGAUAUCCAUUACUUCCGUGACUUUGGCUACCGGCACACUACCAUUCAGCAUUGCCCAGCCAACGCUCCAGCCCGCCAACUUACCCGUAUCCCCUACCUCGAGAAGACCACCGAUGAUGAGAAGAAACGGAUCGAGGAAGACGAGUAUUGGGCGAACCCUGACCAAGUCAAGGAGAACGGUGUCGGUUGCAGAUGCCGCUGCGACACUGACAUUGUCGAUGUCGAGGGCAAGCAAGGCAGCUGUCUCAACGAAUGGGUGGAAGUGGCUGGUGGCUGGGCUUCGCCAUAG